UUUCGCGCUAACAAGUGACACUUUACAGAGCAGACGUUAACUUCCUAAACACACGUUUUUACCACCAAACGUUCAAGCCUUUUUAAACUCGCUAUGGAUUAAAAUGUGUCCAGCGACACGUUUACAAACAACUUGUAUCCUUUUACAUUCGAAGGCUGCAAGCAGGAAAAGGAAAGGUUUUUGUUGGCUGGAUGGAAUCGGACUGUCUGCUGGCAGCAAGUGGCCGUCAUGCAGCACCCACACUUUAUGGGACCGGGUCGGCAAAGGACGACACGGGAGAGCUGCUGUGCUCGUCCGGCUGUGAUUCUCGUAGCGAACAAACAGAUGAGGAGCUCUACAUUCAACAGGCUGCUGUUCUCAUUGAAGACGCCAUACAGUAUCGCUCCAUUAACCACAGAGUUGAUGCCAACUCACUGUGCCUGUAUCGAUGGUACUACUCCAGGAUAUUUCAGUGGGGCUUUGGCCUGACAAUUGCGGUGGUGCUGUUGCUGGCGUUUGUGGAGCGUCCGUCUUCUCUUUCUGUUACCUCCGACUCUCGAUACCGCCUGCCAUCCUGGGAGCCUCCUUGCGGCUUCACAGAGAGCAUCGAGAUUGUCUGUUUAAUCAUCUUUAUUCUUGAUCUUGCUGUUAAGAGCUACUUAAUUGGCUGGGAAGAAUUCAGGAAGAAUAAAUGGCUGAUUAGCUACACUGUAGUCAUUUCAGUCUCCAUCAUAGAUUGGGUCUUGUCUAUCAGCAUGGCAUGUGAUGAGAAACUAAGAGUGCGACGACUUAUUCGACCAUUCUACCUCUUGCAAAAUUCCUCCCUGAUGAAAAAGACACUGAAGUGCAUCAAGAGGACUCUGCCAGAGAUUGCCAGUGUGAUCUUGCUGCUGGCGCUUCACCUGUGUCUAUUCACAAUGAUUGGCAUGCUGUUGUUUCCUAAAACUGAGGAUCCAGUAAAAAAUGAAGAGUGGAAGGUGUAUUUUCGAAACCUCCCUACUUCACUCACGUCUCUGCUGGUGCUGCUUACGACAGCAAACAAUCCAGAUGUGGUGAUCCUUGCCUACUCCCAAAAUAGAGGCUACGUUAUUUUCUUUGUCACUUUCAGUGUAAUUGGAACUUACUGCCUGAUGAAUUUACUGACAGCCAUCAUCUACAACCAGUUCAGGGGAUAUUUGCUGAUGUCAGUGCAAACGUCCAUCAUCAGAAGGCGAUUGGGAAUCCGAGCUGCAUUCCAGGUCCUCAUUUGUCAUGAAGCGGAGAAUGCUGCUGAGGAACGUGUUCCUGUAGAUGUGGUCCUGCAAGUGAUGUCCAGGGUCCAGAUGCAGAGCUACUACAGAGCAGCCAUCACUGCGGAGGCUCGUCAGUAUGAACCUGAAGGCUUCAUGGAUCGAGAGCAGUUCAGAAAAAUAUUUGACGAACUGGAUAAAGACCGUAUCAAGGAGCAUCCGCCCUUACCGCAGUAUAACAACGUAGUACUGCAGAAGAUGCAGCUGGUUUUCAGCCACUACUAUUUCACGAUACUCGGCAAUGCAGUGGCGUUGGCCAAUGUGGUGUGCAUUUGUACUGUGUUGGUAUUGAAUUCAGAAAAGUCCAUAGCAGAGCGAGACAACCAUUACAUGGAGAUCAUCAACUUGUGCUUUAUCAUCUACUACAUGUUUGAAAUGGCUGUGAAAAUAUUUGCUUUUGGCUGGAAGGGGUACCUAUCCUACAGAAACAACAUCUUUGAUGGUUUUCUCACCGUCCUGUUACUGGUCCUGCAGAUCACUAUUUAUGCUAUAUACCGCCUUCCUCAUACACAUGGGAACCCGUCCUUUAAGAGUAUGUUUUCGUUGUGGGAGAUGGUUCGUUUUGUUAACAUGCUGAUUGUCUUCCGCUUCCUGCGCAUCAUUCCUGAUAUCAAGCUAAUGGCGUUAGUUGCAAGUACCUUGUUGGACUUGGUGAAAAACCUAAGAGCAUUUGCAGGGAUACUGGUGGUGGUCUAUUAUGUGUUUGCUGUAUUUGGCAUUUGGCUGUUUGAAGGAGUCAUUAAACCACCAGCACACAUGAGUGUACUGUCUAAUACCACAAUGGAAAACAUCACAUCAAACUUCAGCAUUGAAUGUGGCACCUAUGAACAGCUUGGCUACUGGCCCAAUAACUUUGAUGACUUUGCUGCAUCCAUCAUUUUGCUGUAUGAUAUCAUGAUCAUCAACAACUGGCAGGUCUUCAUGGAUGCAUAUAGCAGAUACACCUCAGAGUGGUCCAAAAUCUACUUUGUGUGUUGGUGGUUCACCUCCUCUGUCAUGUGGGUCAACCUGUUUAUGGCGCUCAUCCUAGAGAACUUUACGUACAAGUGGGAUCGCAGUCACAGCUGCUCUGUUACAGACGUGGAGAGAAUCCGCUAUGAAACCUCUGUUCAACUCAUAUUUAAAGAGCAGAUCAAAGAACCAACAGAAGAAGAGUUGCUUUGUCAGCUACAACAGCACCCCCACCUGCACCUACACUGGGAGCACACAUGACAGCCAAGUAUUGUACUUUAUUGGGAUCAUCAACAGUGACUUGAGGAAAUACAAUUUCCCAGAUGUUAAAGAUCAGUCAUCGUUAUAUUUACAAGUUUUUCACAUUGCAUGUAUUUAUAAGAGCUGUUGACAACAAUGGUGUCAAAAAUGGUAUCAUGUCAACUCGUCUGGUCCCACUGUAGUAUUUGUAUUGUCUUUUUAGUUCUUUUUCUUUUGCAUUGCUGUAAUAUUUGUGCUAAAAAGGGAGUGCAGUCUUAUUUGUUGUUUAUGAAUGAAAAUAUUUGAAGAAUUUUGGAUAUUGACAAUGACCCAAGAAAAAUUGAUAACAUUCAAAAUAAAUAUUUUGAUACUGAUUUCAAAUGUAUGUAAUAAAAAGUGAUGACAUUUAA